GCAAACUAGAAAAUUAUUGGAAAUUAACCAAAUUUCGACGUUUCCAUAUUUGCCUAACGUCACACUUUCACUUUAAGCUCUCAAAGCUGCUGUUUAAUUUUAGAAUAUGUGUGCUUUUUGUUUUAAUAAUGUGCUUAAGUUGUGAUGAAUAAAGUAGUGUUAAAAUGAUUAAAAAUCGACAGCUCAAAUCUCAAGUUUUGCAAAUAAUAUUAAUAAUGGAUUAGCUUCCCCUAUUCCCUUGGCACAUGCAUUCAAAGUACUCUUGACUUGCACCGCCCCUGGACUGUGACCAAACACAAAUUCACAAUCACUACAAAAAUUCAGCUUGACACACAGGACUUUACAUCAGGUGAGGAGAAGCUCUUCAGCAUUACCAAGAACACUGUGUUUAUAACAACAUUUAGGUCUCAAACAUAAGUCAUAAAAUGGGAGGAGAACUUUACAGUCAUUUAGAGGAGAGGAUACGUCCAUUUAUUGAUCUAAUUGACAAUUUGCGGAAAAUUGGCAUUCAUAAGGACAUCUCACUACCGACUAUUGUAGUGAUCGGAGAUCAGAGUUCUGGAAAAAGUUCUGUGGUUGAAGCGCUGUCUGGUGUUGCAUUACCAAGAGGAGCUGGGAUCGUAACUAGAUGUCCACUAGAGCUAAAGUUAAGAAAGGUAACAGGUGCAGACUGGACGGCAAAUAUAUCUUACGGACAGAAGAUAACUGAAACAGUGAACUCAUCAGUUGUUUUUAGACCCAGACAAGAGCAACGUACAUCUUACAGACCGAAGACAAUUAGAUUUGAGGAUCCUUCAUUAGUGGAAAGAUACGUUCAGGAAGCACAGAAUGAAGUGGCGGGGGACGCCUCAGAAAUCUCAGAUCAACUUAUUACUUUAGAGAUCAGGGCACCUGAUGUCUGUGACCUCACACUGAUCGAUUUACCUGGAAUAGCCCGAGUCCCAGUACAAGGACAACCAAGGGAUAUUGGGAACCAGAUCAAAACUCUGAUUAUGAAAUUUAUUGAGAAGCCCGAGACUAUAAACAUGGUAGUGGUUCCAUGUAACAUUGACAUUGCAACAAAUGAAGCAUUAAAAAUGGCACAGGAAGUAGAUUCUGAUGGUACAAGGACUGUAGCUGUUUUGACCAAGCCGGACCUCAUAGAUGUGGGAACAGAAAAAAACAUUCUGGCUAUUGCCCAGAACAAAGUUAUCCAGCUGCGCAAAGGUUACAUCAUGGUGAAGUGUAGAGGUCAACAACAGAUUGAUAAAAAAAUUCCUUUGGAGGAGGCUUUACAGAUGGAAAAAGAUUUCUUCAAGAGACAUAAACAUUUCAAAUGUCUUCUGUCUCAGAACAAAGCUACUAUUCCAUGCCUUGCCACCAAUCUCACAGAUUAUCUUGUCGAUCAUAUCAAAAAAGCACUGCCACAGCUUGAUGCUCAAAUAAAACAGCAGUCAUCAGAAGUAAGAAAGGAGCUCAAGGAGAUUGAGGGAGGACCACCACAGGACCCUCAGGGGGCUAAAGAAUACCUCAUUAAGACUCUAUUAUCAUUCAAUGAUAAAAUAAAGUCCCUGUCAUUAGGGGAGCUGAUCGUUAGUGGAAAUUUGUAUACUCAGCUCCGGAAAGAAUACGAGAAGUGGAAUGAUCAUCUAAACAGCACAAUGUCAUCCUUUAACCAUCCGACUGCAAGGGUAAAAGAACAAAUCGUACAGAAUAGAGGACGGGAACUUGCUGGCUUCAGCAGCUACAGGGUUUUUGAGAUGUUUCUGCAGGAACACGUGGCCCAACUUAAGGAUCCAGCAAUUGUUUUACUUAAUACCAUAAAAGACAUCGUCCUCAAGCAGUUCUUAUGCGUGUCUGAUGAGUUUUUCCGGCGAUACCCUGCUCUUCUAAAUAUUAUUACGAACAAAAUCGACCAAAUUCAGUCAAGUCAGCGAAGCAAAGCUGAAGAGAGGAUCAUGGAGCAGUUUGAAAUGGAAAAGAUGAUCAGUACCCAAGAUAAAAUUUACUACAAGACCUUGAAUGAGAAUGGCGAUGAGACAUUUUCAGAAGCUCAGUUACCUGUUUGUGAUAUAGCGAGCAAGUACAGUGAUAUGCUGAAAGCUUAUUAUGAGAUUAUGGUGCAGCGCAUGUCUGACCAGGUGCCCAUGCUGACCCGCUAUUUCAUGUUGAAAGAGGCUGCUGAGCUCCUGUGUAAUGAUAUGCUGACUCUUUUGGAUAGGGACGAUGUGUGUGAGAUUCUGUCUGAAGAUUCUGAUAUCGGUCGAAAGCGCAAAGAUUUACAGGAUCGCCUGAAUCGUUUGAACACCGCCCAGGAAGAAAUUUGCAAAUUUAUUUGAGGGAUCUAUUUAUAAAAUCCAUAUUAUAUUAUCUGAAUUUAUGCAUCACUUAUGUGACAACCUAAAAAAAAACUUGUUUUAUCUAUUUAAUGGCUUGCCUAGAUUUUGCUUGUGAUUUCUCACCUUUUGUUUGCUGGCUUACACAAAGAGUAGAUGUUGGGUUUUUUUAUUUACAUGUCCAUUUAAACAUGCAUUAAAUGCUGUAGUUAGUCAUACAAUAAAAUUAACGAAUAUAAUCUACAUUAGAAAUGAUAUAUAGCAAAUCAUUAUUAAUUGUAGGCCUAUUAUUAUCUGCAUGCAUAUUGUUUCUAACAAAACAAUAAACUUUCUUAAUUCUUGCAAAUGUGUGUCAUAUUAUGGUACCCUGUAUCCAUCUCAAGCUGCAUUUGACAAUAAUACAUAAAAACGUUGAUUAUCUUCACGUUGCUUAGUAAGAUACCAUACAUACGCAAGCUAUAAAACUAUAUGGAAUAAAGGCAUGGCAAGUGUUUUAGUUAAAUUGUUUCAUACUUGGGUCAUUCUACAAAAAAGGUGAAAAUGCUUGUCCCUUGCUUUUGCAGACCCUUAAUCAUUUAAUUUGACCCAAUAAUCCCAUAAUGAUAUAUAUUUAAUAAAUAUAGACUGUCCUUAAAAUGAUGAAAGAGUUUAUUUAUUUAAUUUUUUUUUUUUACUUUUUUUUAAAUGUCUGGUCCUGAAAAUUGCC